AUGUCGAACCCCGUAAAGAAACAGAAAACGUCCCAAACCCAUCUCCAUGACCCUCAAAUCACCGACCCUCGCUUCGCAAACAUCCAGUCCGAUCCUCGCUACCGCCUACCAGGGAAGAAGAACAAGGUCAAAGUUGACAAGCGCUUUGCCCGUCUUCUAGAAGAUGAAGAUUUUACAAAAAGGGCAAAGGUCGAUCGUUACGGUCGCCCUGUCAAGUCCCACGCUGAGCAGAAUCGCCUGAAAAGGAAGUAUGAAUUUGCCGAUGAGGAUGAAGACAGCGGUACGGAUAAAGAUGAUGACGACGAUGACCAGGCAGACGAUGAUCAAGAGGUCCAAGCAGAACUCAAUCGAGUGUCGGCCUCAUCCACACGGGACAUCCUCAGACAAGGUCUAGACUCGGACUCGUCGUCCACCUCUUCCGACUCAGACACUGACGAGGACUCGGAUCUCGAUGAAGACGAUGACGGAAAAGAUGCAGCCCUCUCCGAAACCGUAGGGCUGGGAGCAAGUCAGCAGUCCAAUAUUCCCAUGGGCGAUGUCACUUCGAGAAUCGCCGUCGUCAAUCUGGACUGGGACAACAUCCGGGCCGCUGAUCUUAUGGCCGUCUUCACCUCUUUUCUCCCGCCUUCUGGUGCUAAGCUUCUCACCGUCUCCAUCUACCCUAGUGAGUUCGGCAAAGAAAGGCUGGAGCGCGAAGAGAUGGAAGGCCCUCCUCGAGAAAUCUUCGCCGCUAAUGCCAACCAAUCUGAUGAGCAAGAUGAGGAUGAGGACGACGAAGAAGACCAAGACAUUAAAGAAAGUCUGAUCCAACCAGACGAAGGGGCCGAGUUCGAUUCGGCCGCCCUCCGAGCAUAUCAACUUGAACGUCUACGAUACUAUUACGCCAUCCUGACAUUCUCCUCUUCCGCCGCCGCCAAACACAUCUACGAUGCUGUCGAUGGCACUGAAUACCUCACCACCGCAAACUUUUUUGAUCUCCGCUUCGUCCCCGACGACACCGACUUCUCAACCGAUACCCCACGUGAAUCAUGUGACCGCAUCCCCGACGAUUACCGUCCCAAUGACUUUGUCACCGACGCUCUGCAACACAGCAAAGUCAAAUUGACCUGGGACGCCGAGGAUGGAGGCCGAAAAGAGACCAUCGCCCGAGCCUUCCGAGGAGGAAGAAAAGAAAUCGAUGAGAACGACCUCAAGGCCUACCUAGCUUCCGACUCAUCCGAUAGCGAGGACGAUAAUGAUAAUGAAGCGACCGUCAACGAGUCGGCACCCCAAAGUCAGGGCCUGUCCAAGAAAGAAGCCGAACGUCAGAAGAUGCGUGCUCUGCUCGGACUCGCUCCCGAACCCAUCAAACCGUCCAAAAAGGAUCAAUCAUCUAAGGCUCCUGUAGGUGACAUGCAAGUCACAUUCACCUCAGGAUUCUCUGCCUCAGCAGAGAGUGGCAAGAAGAGAAGUGUCUUUGAAAACUCGCCCGAACCUGACGAAACCACCAUGGAGAAAUACAUUCGCAAAGAAAAGGAGAGGAAAGCAAAGAGAAAAGAGAAACAGAGAGUGUCCAAGACGGAUGAGGACGACCAGGUGGACGACAGCGGUGCCAAGACUGCAAUGAAUCCUGAAGCUGAUCAAGAAGAUGAUGAAGCUGAGGACUUGGGCUUCGACGAUCCCUUCUUCACUGCCCCUGACUCGGCAAGCGCUGGUACGGCCGCCAAACAGAGCAGUUCCAAAUUGCGCAAAGAAGAACGACUAAAGAAGAGGAGAGAACGUGAGGCUGAAGAAGAAAUCGACAAAAAGCAACGUGCCCAAUUAGAACUGCUCAUGACAGACGACACCACCAGCCAUGGCAAGGGCUCUAAAUCCGCAGUCCGACAUUUUGAUAUGAAGGCCAUCGAAAAGGCUGAAAAGGAAGAAAAGAAGCGUGGCAAAAAGGGCCAAAAGGGUAAAUCUAAAGAAUCCCAGGAUGGACCCGGGGAUGACUUCAAGAUGGACACUGCGGAUCCGCGCUUUGCAAGACUCUUUGACAACCACGAAUAUGCCAUUGACCCGACCAACCCUAGAUUCAAGGGUACCAAGGCCAUGAAAGAGGUCCUGGAUGAGGGAAGAAAGAGGAAGGCGGAUCAGAAAAAGAACAAGCAAGCUGGACCGAGGACGGAUUUGCUGGAUCCUGAUCAAGGCAAGAAAGGACGAAGCAAGGACAGGAAGGCGAACAACCAUCACGGUUCUAGCGUGAGCGAUGUCAAGUCUCUGGUCGACAAGAUCAAGUCCAAAAGUCGGGGCUAGUAAGUUAGACAGAUAGCUUGCGUACUUUUGUCCUGGUCCAAUAAUGAUUCCCGCGUUUACCGA